AUGGCUCAAUCCGUCCCACCAGGAGAUAUCCAGACCCAACCCAACGCCAAGAUCGUCUUCAAUGCCCCAUACGACGACAAGCACACCUACCACAUCAAGGUGAUCAACUCGUCCGCCCGUCGUAUCGGGUACGGAAUCAAGACCACCAACAUGAAACGUCUCGGAGUCGACCCACCAUGCGGAGUUCUCGAUCCAAAGGAGGCUGUUCUUCUCGCCGUUUCCUGCGAUGCCUUCGCUUUCGGACAAGAGGACACCAACAACGACCGUAUCACUGUUGAGUGGACCAACACCCCAGACGGAGCUGCCAAGCAAUUCCGUCGUGAGUGGUUCCAAGGAGACGGUAUGGUUCGUCGUAAGAAUCUCCCGAUUGAGUACAACCCAUAA